AGCGAGUGUGUCGUUAGCUGUUACUGAGAGAAGGAUGGCGUCACCGAGUCAUACCCCUCCUCCCGAUCACGGCGGCGCCGACUCGGUCGAGACUCGGUCUCCCGAGCUCAGAAAAGAUCCGGUGACUAACCGCUGGGUCAUAUUCUCCCCCGCCCGAGCCAAGAGACCGACCGAUUUCAAAUCAAAAUCUCCAGAGAACCCUAAUCCCAAAAAACCUUCAUCUUGCCCCUUCUGCAUCGGCCGCGAGCACGAGUGCGCUCCGGAGAUAUUCCGCGUCCCGCCGGAUGAUGAUGACGAUCCGAAUUGGAAAAUCCGGGUCAUCGAGAAUCUCUACCCGGCUCUAAGCAGGAAUCUCGAGACCCAAUCGACGGAUACUAAUCGGAGCAACCUGAAUCGGAGUAUAGUCGGGUUCGGAUUCCACGACGUGGUGAUCGAAGCCCCUCUUCACUCGAUUCAGCUCUCCGAUGUUGAUCCGGUGGGUAUCGGCGAUGUUAUGAUCGCCUAUAGGAAGAGGAUCGAGCAGAUCGCUCAACACGAUUCCAUCAAUUACAUUCAGGUGUUCAAGAACCAUGGUGCGUCGGCAGGAGCGUCGAUGAGUCACUCCCACAGUCAGAUAAUGGCUCUCCCUGUUGUUCCUCCGACGGUUUCUUCACGGCUUGAUGGAACUAAAGAUUAUUUCGAGGAGACUGGGAAGUGUUGUCUCUGUGAAGCUAAAGCAAAACACUUUGUGAUCGAUGAGUCGUCUCAUUUCGUUUCCGUUGCUCCUUAUGCUUCUACGUAUCCCUUUGAGGUUUGGAUUGUUCCAAAGUAUCACUCUUCCCACUUCCAUCAUCUCGAUGACGUCAAGGCUGUUGACCUUGGAGGACUUCUGAAACUCGUGCUUCAGAAGAUAGCGAAGCAGCUAAACGACCCUCCUUAUAAUUACAUGAUCCACACUUCUCCCCUCAAGGUGACGGAGUCGCAGUUACCUUACACGCACUGGUUCUUACAGAUCGUACCUCAGCUUUCCGGGGUUGGGGGGUUUGAGAUGGGAACAGGGUGUUACAUAAACCCUGUUUUCCCCGAGGAUGUAACAAAGGUUUUGCGUGAAGUUAGCCUUGCUUGAAUCCGGUUUUGUUCUUCCAACCUGAGGUUCUGAGGGAAAGUCCUUGGUGUGGGAUUUUUUUUUGCUUCUUUGAGGAAACGUGUCUCUUGCUCAUCGUCUCUGUUUCAUCUGUGGAAGAAGAGAAGAUGUUUCAGCUUUGAUUCAAAUAACAUUCAUGUAAACAAUACGUAUUAGGUCUUUUGUAAUAAGCUGAGUUCCUUUAAAAAAACGUGUUAAGACUCA